AGAAGACGCUUUUGUAACAAAACCUCUUGCCCCUUAAUUUUAUAGGUGCUCUGUGAGGGUGAAGCUGAGCUGAAAGGCUACCACAGCUGUCUUCAUCAGGGUAAUACUUCAGCUUUCUGGCUUUAAGGACCUAGGCAAUAAUCCCGCAGCUAUCUGGAAGAUGAAGCCCUGGCUGCAGUUGGUGUUCUUUACCUGUAUUUUUUUGAUCUGGCACACAGAAGCAGAGUUCUUCACCUCCAUAGGUCAAAUGACAGACCUGAUUUAUGCGGAGAAAGACCUGGUACAGUCUUUAAAGGAAUAUAUCCGAGCAGAAGAGAACAAGCUCUCUCAGAUUAAAAGCUGGGCUGAAAAAAUGGAUGCACUGACUAGUAAAUCAGCCUCUGAUCCAGAAGGGUAUCUGGCACAUCCUGUAAAUGCAUAUAAGCUGGUGAAGCGUUUAAAUACUGACUGGCUGGAAUUGGAAAACCUGGUUCUUCAGGAUACAACAAAUGGCUUUAUUGCAAAUCUUACAAUUCAGCGUCAGUUUUUUCCAACUGAAGAAGAUGAGACUGGAGCUGCGAAGGCUUUGAUGCGCCUGCAGGACACCUACAAACUGGAUCCUGAAACUCUCUCUCGAGGAAACUUACCAGGAACAAAAUAUAGAUCCUAUUUGACAGUAGGUGACUGCUUUGGUAUGGGCAAAACUGCUUACAAUGAUGGAGACUACUAUCACACAGUACUCUGGAUGGAACAAGCCUUAAAACAACAUGAUGAGGGGGAGGAUACAACAGUCAGCAAAGUGGAGAUCCUAGAUUAUCUCAGCUAUGCUGUUUUCCAGUUUGGGGAUUUGCACAGAGCCAUGGAGCUUACCAGACGUCUGAUAUCCCUUGACAGUACUCAUGAGAGAGCAGGCAGUAAUCUGCGGUACUUUGAGAAAUUGCUGGAGAAGGAGAGAGAGGAGAAGUCAAACAAGACCAUGACAACGACAGAACCAGUGGUGCAAAGUGGUGCCUAUGAGAGGCCUCUUGACUACUUGCCGGAGCGUGAUAUCUAUGAGGCCCUUUGCAGAGGUGAAGGGGUAAAAAUGACGCCUCGAAGACAGAAAAGGCUGUUUUGUAGGUACCAUGAUGGAAACAGAAACCCUCAUCUGCUCAUAGCACCCUUUAAGGAAGAAGAUGAAUGGGACAGCCCUCAUAUUGUGCGAUACUAUGAUGUCAUGUCUGAUGAAGAAAUUGAGAAAAUUAAACAACUGGCUAAGCCAAGGCUGGCACGCGCCACAGUACGUGAUCCCAAAACCGGUGUCCUUACAGUGGCUAGCUACAGGGUAUCAAAAAGCUCAUGGUUGGAAGAAGAUGAUGAUCCUGUUGUGGCCAAGGUGAAUCAACGAAUGCAGCAGAUCACAGGGUUAACAGUGAAAACAGCUGAACUAUUGCAGGUUGCCAACUAUGGAAUGGGAGGGCAGUAUGAGCCACACUUUGAUUUCUCUAGGCGACCCUUUGACAGCACACUCAAAUCGGAAGGAAAUAGGCUAGCGACGUUUCUUAACUAUAUGAGUGAUGUAGAAGCUGGAGGAGCUACAGUUUUCCCAGAUUUUGGGGCAGCAAUAUGGCCCAAGAAGGGAACAGCAGUGUUUUGGUACAAUCUUUUCAGAAGUGGCGAGGGUGAUUACAGAACAAGGCAUGCAGCUUGUCCAGUACUAGUAGGGUGUAAAUGGGUUUCAAACAAAUGGUUUCACGAAAGAGGAAACGAAUUCUUAAGACCUUGUGGGAGAACAGAGGUUGACUGAAACCCAACCUGCUGCAGGCCUUUGUUUCUCUGUCUCCUUUUCUACUGUUGUUUGUUCCAGUUCAUUUCUAAGAAAUGAUCCAUCUUUUUCUCCAAGAGUCCUGGCACUUUACCAAAAAAGGACAACAAAAUAUGUAACACCUGUGAAAGAAAGUAAAUGGCAUUGUACACAUACUUGUGUUUUGGUUGCUGUUAUUUCCAUGUUCCC